AUCUUAAAAUCCUGACUAUAAAAGCGACCCGGUUCCCCCUUCCAAAUCAUUACUUCCAUCCAUAACUGACCAGCAGCUACAACAUGAAGAUCGCCUUCGUGACCAUCGUCGCCCUCGUCGCCAUGGCUUCCGCCAUGCCGGCAAAAAAACAGGAUUCCUAUUUCCCCACCAACCGUUUCAUCGUGGGUGGGGUUCCGGCCACCCCGUACGAAUUUCCGCACAUCGUGGACAUGCGACUAUCCCCGUACGGCCAUUGGUGUGCGGGAUCGAUCAUUUCACCAGAAUGGGUCGUUACGGCGGCACAUUGUUCCGACUCGGCCAUGACGAGCUACACCCUCACGGCGGGAGAGCAUAACAUCACUUCCGGCGGGGUUGAGGGGACCGAACAGGUCAGACAGGUCGUCAAAAUCAUUAUUCAUCCAGGUUAUGGCAGCCCACACCGAUAUGAGAACGACAUCGCUUUAAUGAAGGUUGCGCCCCCAUUCGACCUCAGCACGAUUGUUCAACCCGUCGUCGUUCCCGAUGUCAACUUCGCCCCGACAAGCAUUGCAACUGUGGCGGGAUGGGGCGUCUUGACACAGGGUGGUGCCUACCCAGACGUUCUUAUGAAGGUGGAUGUUCCCUUCGUUGACGACGCUACGUGUAACGCCAACUAUGUCGAGUAUGGUGGUACUGCUGAGUCGAUGAUCUGUUACGGAGAGGCUGGAAAGGAUUCGUGUCAAGCAGAUUCUGGCGGUCCCAUCAUGUGUGGACCGGAUAACGCUCUUUGUGGCAUCGUCUCGUGGGGCUACGGCUGUGCUGUGGCCGGAUUUCCAGGCGUCUACACGGAAACGAGCUACUUCGCUGAUUGGAUCAAAGAAAUGACCACACCCACCGCCGAAGAUCCAGCGCCAGUUACAACCGUCACAAAUUGCGGAGGAAUGAUUGAGUCGUCCUCGGCCGCUAUUAAUUUCAACCUUGGGUCAAAUGUGGCACCAAAUCAGAAAUGCGCCUGGGUCGUGAAGGCUCCCUAUGACCAGUUGAGGAUGCAACUUGUCGAGUCCGGUCUUACCUCUGGGGACGGAAUCUACGUCACAGAAUACAACCUCGUCGGGCCAGGGCGUCAAGUCCAAAUCACAACUGUCGGCGAAGACGUGAUGUUGACUGGGGCCAUGUACUUUUUGACCUUCGUCGCGGGACCGUCGGGCCCAUCGCAAGGAUUCAGUUUGGAAUUUUACUCGAGCGGAUUCCCCGGCGGUUCCGACGCCUUGAGCGGGUUCGCUCACUUGACGACACCCACCGGCUCGCACUCUUAUCCCGUCGGAGGUGGAAGCUACCAAAAUAACGAAAACGCCGUCUUCAUCGUCAACCCGGAAGCGGGUGGCGAUCGGACCCUCACCUUCACCCGGGUUGAUCUUGAAAGUGCCAGUGACUGUGGGUACGAUGCCUUGGCGGUGUACACCUGGACCAAUAAUCAGUACACGCAAUCCCUGAGAUUUUGCGGGACAACAAUGCCAAAUCCUUUCCCAAUUCCGGGUGGGCUUUCCCUCGUGACUUUCACCACGGAUAGCAGCAUCACCGCGACUGGGUUUGACUUUUCUUGGGCGUAGGGAUUUAAGGCAUAAUUUAAAAGACUAUGUGUAACUUAAUGAUGACGUGGCUUGAAUAAAAUUGGAAAUGGAAUGGAA